UUCAUAAGUAAGCUGUACAUUACUUUUCAGUUAGGAAACCUAAAUUUGCUAAGAUGACUGAUUCUGAGCAAGAAGUGCAGCACCAAGAAUCCGAAAGCAAAUUGAUUGCGCUCCGAUGUGCACUGCUUGUAUUGUUCUUUGUUUGUUUCGCUUCCAAUUUAUACAACUGUGUUUACCACGUUCAAGUGAUCGUUCAUUAUUCAGAAUUCCCGGCUUGUGAAUUUACCUCAUAUGAAUCUUUGGUGCUGACAGUAGCAAUUUUAAUGCAGUUCAUGCUUGUGAUUGGAGUUUAUUUGGUGCUCACCCAAAAGAUACGUGACCUGCGUGUGUUCAUCAUGUUAUUUUUCCUCGCCGGAUGGCUGCAAAUGUUGCUCAUCUUGGUGCUGACUCAACGUUAUCCCAUUGCGCAUGAUGUGCACUUCAGGUGGCAAGAACAUCGAAGUCUCGCACACUUCGAAGAUUGGUUUGGUUGUUGUGGUGUGCUUGGACCUGACGAUUAUCUGCUCUCAACUGGCCAAUUGCCGAGCAGCUGCUUCGACAAUCACAGCAAUUUGACUAAAGAUCUUCACUACAACGGCUGCCUUAACAAAGAGAACGGAAAUUCUGCUAUACUGCGGUACGAGUUCCUCACGAGUCUGUUUCAGCUGAUUUUGCUGGUUUUCUUGAUAAUGUUUUAUUUGCAUCUGAAGAAAAUUAAGGCGCCAAAGCGUAACUUGCACAGCGUGUGGAAAUCGCGCAUUGUUCUCUAGUUGUACACAAAUCGCAAUUGUAUUUACAUUUGCAUUUGCAUUUGGAUUUGCUUUUGUGUUUGUGAUGCAAGACAAAUUGGAUAAAGAAAUUGGCAUUGGCAAAGGAAGACUUACACUUCUCAUAUUUCACAAGCUGCAAUCAAUAACGAUAAACACUCGAGUGUCUAUCUUGGUUCUUGUCUUCAGUCGUGUCUGGCCAAAAAGGAUUCCAAAAGCAUCGAAUGUCCACUAUGCAUAUGCAUGAGCCAAUAAAGAAAUCAACAAAGAAUAGCCAAGGAUAAAGCAGUCAGACACGGAACAUCGAACAUUGAAGUUGAGCUCUCAUUCUCUGGCUCUCUCCAGAUGCAAUCGAGCAGCAAGGUAUAAGCCGCAUGCCACAUGCCACACGCCGCACACGCCACCCAUGGCUCAAGGACAAUCUCGAUGUGUUUCGCCUUUGGACAAUUUCGUUUUUUAUUUGUGUACAUAAAUUUUAUUGUUGUCGACAUUAAAUUUUGGCAUCUCGUGAAAAACAAUUUUCCAGCAUUUUGAAAUGCAUAAAAUAUGCAUACAAAAUGCUCGAACAGAACGACCAA